UUCGGUAACCAGCACAGAGGAUGUGGACAUUUCAUAAUCAAUUAUUACUCCGGCAUCCGUUUCGACUGUGGGCAGCCGACCUGUGCAUUGAGCCCCGCGCAUAUGCACAAGACAGCAAGGAAUUGCUCCUGCAAUAAGACCUAUCACGACCACCGGAGAGUGCAGAAUCUCAUACAAGAGGCUUGCGACCCAUGCAAGGAGGCGGCUUUCGCAGCCAGGGUGGGAAGACGAUGA